UGGAUUGUUGCGCUGUGCGGUUCGUUGCGGCCAAAUACGCUCAGUGGCUCAUAUCGCUCUUACGUCGUGCUCACAUCGCAGCGUUCAUCGUUUAUCGGUCGUGUGUCGCGCGUCGCUUUCAAAAAACAAAAAAUAUAUUUUUGUAGCACACCACGAAAUUGCAAUUUUUGAAAGUGCAACUUAAAUUUCCAAAUAAAUAAUAAAUUUCAAGAGUGAAGAAGUUUUAACGAAACACAAUUAUUGCAUGUGUUUAUGUCUGUGCAUGUGUCUAUUUUUCUAUAUGGCGCUACAUUGAGAGUGCGUUUUUUAUAUAGAAAUCAUCAAAUUUACUAGCGGCAUUUUUUGUGUCCCCCUUUCCACCCUCCACCCCUUUCACGUGUGUGUGCGAGAGUGCGUGAAAGAGAAAAAGGCCGCAAAUCGCCAAAAAAAAAGAAAAAUUAUUUCGUCUUGCAAUAAAAAACAAAACGAAAAAAAUGUGGCGCGUGCACGUGUAAAAUAAAAUAGCAAAAAAGAAACACACACAUAAAAAACAACAACAAAAUGCACGCAAAAAUAGCAACAACAAAAAGCAUGUGCCGCAGUUAGCUGCAAAUAAGAUAAAAAUAUAUGAAAAAAGAAUUGCCAAAAAUACAAUACAAUAAAAUACGCAAAGUAAACUAUAAUAUUUUGAUGUUGUAAUUGUGUUUGUGCGUGUGUAGCAGCAACAACAGCAACAACAACAUUGCCGCCUCACAAGGAUUAUUACACUAAAAACACACAACCAACAACUUCAACUUACUUCAAUAACAGCAACAACAACUAAACCAAUAAACAUGCAUUGGAUUAAAUGUUUAUUAACCGCAUUCAUUUGCUCCACAGUCAUUGUGCAGGUUCACAGUACCGGCAAUUUCGAAGUGCGCCUCAAAUACUUCGGCAAUGAGCAUGGACGCGACAGCGAGGGACAUUGCUGUAGCGGGGAAACGGAUGCGACGACAGGCAAGUGCAUUGGCACAUGCAAGACGCGGUUUCGCGUCUGUCUGAAGCAGUAUCAGGCGACCAUCGAUACGACAUCGCAAUGCACGUACGGUGAUGUUGUGACGCCGAUACUUGGCGAGAACUCAUUCAAUCUAUCGGAUGCGCAAAGCUUACAGAACAAAGGCUUUUCCAAUCCCAUACAAUUUGCCUUCAACUUUGCCUGGCCGGGCACUUUUACGUUGAUCGUCGAAGCUUGGCACGAUACGAACAACAGCGCGAAUUCGCGUUCAAACAAUCUGCUCAUCCAACGACUGUCCGUGCAACAAGUUCUCGAUGUCUCAUCCGAGUGGAAGACCAACAAGUCCGAGUCCGCAUACACAUGGCUUGAAUACGGCUUUCGUGUCACCUGCGAUCCGCACUAUUAUGGCUCCGGCUGUGCCAAUCUCUGCCGGCCACGCGAUGAUCAAUUCGGUCACUACACAUGCUCCGAGACUGGCGAAAUUAUCUGCCUAACGGGCUGGCAAGGCAAAUACUGUGAAAAACCCAAAUGCGCCAAAGGUUGUGUCCAUGGUCAAUGCGAUAAGCCCAAUCAAUGCAACUGUCAGAAUGGAUGGCGUGGACCACUGUGCGACGAGUGCGCACCUUAUCCCAACUGUGUGCACGGCACCUGUGAGAAGCCCUGGCAAUGCAUUUGCAAGGAGGGCUGGGGUGGUUUCUUUUGCAACCUGGAUCUCAACUAUUGCACCAACCAUCGUCCCUGCUUGAAUGGCGGCACCUGCUUCAACACCGGACCCGCUCUCUACACCUGCCAAUGUGCGCCCGGCUUCAGUGGCAACGACUGCCAGACAGAGAUCAGUUCCUGCGAUGCCGAUGUGAAUCCCUGCCAGAAUAACGGCACCUGCGUUAACGAAAACACAGAACGUGGCUACAAGUGUCUCUGUCCCAUGGGCUGGAACGGUCGCCUCUGCGAGGAGAAGCUCUUGACUUGCGCAGAUAAGCCUUGUCAUCAGGGCAGAUGUCGGGAUACGAAUACGAGCAACAGCAAGCAGGGAUUUCAGUGUGAUUGCCCCACGGGAUACAGCGGCACAACCUGUGAACUGCAUCUGGACAACUGCAGUCCCAAUCCCUGCCAGAAUGGCGGAACCUGUCAGCCCAAUGGCAAGUGCAUCUGUCGCGAGGGCUUCACGGGCGCCAAGUGCGAGCAGAACAUCGAUGACUGUGUGGACAACAAGUGCCAGAAUGGCGGUACCUGCAUUGAUAUGGUCAACCAAUAUCGCUGCCAAUGUGCACCCGGAUUCCAUGGACCACGCUGCAGCCGACGUGUCGAUCUUUGCCUGACAAUUCCCUGCGCCAAUGGCGGCAACUGCACCAAUCUGAACAACGACUAUCAGUGUGAUUGUCGUCCCGGUUUCACGGGUCGCGACUGCUCCAUCGAUGUGGACGAGUGCCUGAGUCAUCCUUGCCACAAUGGCGGCACCUGCAUGAAUCGUGUCAACAGCUUCAAGUGUCUCUGCGCUAACGGCUAUCGCGGAACGCAAUGCGAUGAGGAAUCCUACGACUCGGUAACGUAUGGAGCACAUCAGUAUGAUGCCACCACACAGGCACGUGCCGAUGGUCUGACCAAUGCCCAAGUGGUGCUGAUUGCCAUCUUCUCUGUGGCCAUGCCGUUGGUGGCUGUGAUUGCCGCCUGCGUUGUGUUCUGCAUGAAGCGCAAGCGGAAGCGUGCCCAGGAGAAGGACGAUGCCGAGGCCCGCAAACAGAACGAACAGAAUGCGGUGGCCACACUGCAUCACAAUGGCAGCGGUGUCGUCGGCGUUGGCGUCGGAGUUGGUGGACUCCCGGCUGGAGCUUUGGGGGUGAAACGCGGCAGCAGCGGUGGCUUGACCUUCGACAACAGCAACCCGAACAUCAUCAAGAACACGUGGGACAAGUCGGUGAAUAAUAUUUGUGCCUCGGCUGCUGCUGCAGCUGCUGCCGCCGCUGCGGCGGACGAGUGUCGCAUGUACUCGGGCGCCUUGGCCAAUUAUGCGGCUGCCGCUGAUAACAAUGCCAACUCGGAGUUCUGCGGCGUUGGCCAAAUUGCGCCGCUGCAGCGCGCCAAAUCGCAGAAGCAACUCAACACCGAUCCCACGCUCAUGCAUCGUGCCUCGCAGCUGCUCUCCGCUGGCACUGCAAGCGGCGUUGCCUCCGCUUCGGCAGCGGCAGCAGCGUCAACGACGUCACCAACCAAAGACUACAGCUCAGCAGCGGGCGGCGCAACGGGAGCGGGCAGCGAGGGCAAGGGUAAGCGGAUCUCAGUGCUCGGCGAGGGCUCCUAUUGCAGCCAACGUUGGCCAUCCCUGGCCGCUGCUGGCGUUGCCGGCGCCUGCUCCUCACAGCUGAUGGCUGCGGCUUCAGCGACGGGCAGCGGCGCGGCGACGACGCAGCGCACUGUUGUCUGUGGCACGCCGCACAUGUAAAGACAAAGACUGCAAAGGGACAGAUGGGGAAAGAGAACCAGAGAGACAGAGAGAGAGAGAGAGAGACGCCAAAUGGGCCACACGUGGCUUUGUUGUUGAUUGAAGCAGUGCAGUCGUGAAAAUUGUAACAAGCUUAACUCUACACCCACACUCACACACAAUUGUAAAUUAUUUAAAUUUCGCAUGGACUGAUCAAACAUUCAUUCAUUCACAAUCGAUAACUUAUCGAUGAAUACGACUCACUUGACUUGGCGCUCGUCGGCGCGGCUUGUAAACUCUCCACGGCAUGUAGACAAAGCGCCAGCAGCCAACUAAACAAAAACUCUACACUGGACAACACACAAUACAAACAAACUCUACACUGACGUUUUGCAUGUUACUGAAAAAUCUGCUUCAAUUAUUAUUAUUAUUAUUUUGAAAUAGUUGCGAUAAAUUGUACAUAAUUAAUACUUUACGCAAAAAAUCGAAAACUCUACACUAGGCGUUAGAUUCUAAGCAUAGAAUUAUUACAAGAAUAAUGAAAGAAAUUCCUCAUUGACGCGCAAGCAUUUUGUACAUAGUAAUUAUAGGAAAAAACAAUCGGAUAUACGACAUACACAAAAAAAACAUAAAAAAAAUACUUAAAAAUUGACUAUCUCGCGCUCUAACUUUAAGUGUCUAAAGUAAAUAUAUUAAGCAUAUGCAUUAGGCAUAAUUAAAUUUAACUCUAGCUUAAUUUAGCCUAAACAAACAGACAAACAAGCGAAGACAAACAAAACAUUUAGUGAUUCUUGUUAUAAGUUCUUAAUUAUAAUUUAGUUUCUAUACCACAAACACACACACAAAAACACUCGAUUCUUAUUUCAUACGAUUUUUUGUUUUUUUUAAACAUUUCUUUUAUAUGAUUUUUUUUGGCAUUUUUUUUAAUUUGGAGCUAUUAUUUAAAGCAAAAGGAAGUCAACAAUAUUUAUACAAUUUACACAUAUAUGUAAACUGAAUUGAAUUUAUAAAUCUUAAGCGUAAAUUAUAUGGAAAAAUUGAAAACAAAUUCAAAAACACGAAACAAAAUUGAAUGAAAUAUACAAAAUACAACAAACAAAAACGCACGCAUAUUAUAAUUAUGUAGAUGUUGGUAAAGUCUUAAAACACACAGAAACACAGAACAGUAUAGUCUUAUUAUAAUUACUUUUGUUAUUCUCAACAAUGAUUUACAUUUAAUUUUGAUCUCAAGCCCAUUGAACGCAAGAAAACUGUUUGCGAAAUUCCAAAAUAUCAAAAUUAAAUCUUCAAACUUACAGUUAAAUUGCAAAUGGUUCCUCGUUAGUGUAAAAACUAGUUGUAAAAGUGCUAAAUACAAUACAUAUAUAUAUUUUUAUACAUUUGCUACUUAAAAGAAAAUGAAGAAAACGCUAAACUCUCCAUACACACAAAAGAUCAGCGCUCAUCAAUACUUAUCUCAAGUAAUUUUUGUAUAUACUUAAAAUCUCUCUUUAUACACAUUUUGUUAUCUACGCUCAUUCAUGAUAUAUGCUUAAUAUACAUUUAUAUAUACACACACCUAUAUAUAAAUAUAUAUUUUUUUAUAAAUAUUUAAUUUUUUAAAUAGUCGUUUUUAGUAAUUUAUAUUUUUAUUGCAAACACAAAAAUUCGAGAAACCCCUUACAAAAAAAAAAAAAGAAAUCCAACACACGCGUCAGAUUGUAAAAAAAGUUCAUAACACCUUAAAUACACACAACAUAUUUAUACAAAAUGAUAAAACACAUACACAAAAAUAGUAGUUACAUGCAUACAAUUGUAAUUUAGUGUUGUACUUACGAUUUAGUCUAAACAAUUUUAUGAAAUUUUAGAAAUUAAACAAAUGAAAUGAAAAACGCAAGAAAGAAAAACAAGCAACAAAAAAAAACAAAAAAAAAACGAACAAACAAAAUGCAAAAGAAAAAAAUAUGAAAAAAAACAA